AUGGCCUUCAGUGAUCUUACAUCGAGAACUGUGCGUUUCUAUGAUAAUUGGAUCAAAGAUGCAGAUCCAAGAGUUGAAGACUGGCUCCUCAUGUCCUCGCCUCUUCCACAAACCAUCAUUCUUGGACUCUAUGUGUAUUUUGUCACUUCUCUGGGACCAAAGCUCAUGGAGAACCGAAAGCCCUUUGAACUCAAGAGAGCGAUGAUAACGUACAAUUUUUUCAUAGUACUUUUUUCUGUGUAUAUGUGUUAUGAGUUUGUGAUGUCUGGCUGGGGCACAGGUUAUUCCUUUCGAUGUGAAGUUGUUGACUAUUCGCAGUCACCUGCAGCCUUGAGGAUGGCACGCACCUGCUGGCUUUAUUAUUUCUCCAAAUUUAUUGAGCUAUUAGACACUAUCUUUUUUGUUCUGCGUAAGAAAAAUAGCCAAGUUACUUUCCUGCAUGUCUUCCAUCACACCAUCAUGCCAUGGACCUGGUGGUUUGGAGUCAAAUUUGCUGCAGGGGGUUUGGGGACAUUCCAUGCCUUUCUAAAUACAGCUGUGCAUGUGGUCAUGUAUUCCUACUAUGGACUGUGUGCAUUGGGACCAGCCUACCAGAAGUAUUUAUGGUGGAAAAAAUAUUUGACGUCAUUACAACUUGUCCAGUUUAUUAUUGCCAUCAUCCACAUAGGCCAGUUCUUUUUCAUGGAGGAUUGCAAGUACCAGUUUCCAGUCUUUCUGUAUAUCAUUAUGAGCUACGGGUGCAUCUUUUUGCUUCUGUUUCUCCAUUUCUGGUACCGUGCUUACACCAAAGGUCAAAGGCUGCCUAAAACUGUGAAAAAUGGAAUCUACACAAAAAAAGAUCACUGAAAUACAAGCACAACAUCUGUGAAUCUCUGCUUGAGACUGAGAUCUUAUCUUCCUUGACAAUCAACCAAUAUAUA